AGCUUCGUAUCAGAAGCAUAGCUCAGAGUAUCAGCAACACUAGCCAGCUUAGCUAGUACAAUUACCAUGGCCAAGUCUGCAAUGUUUUCUCUUUGGCUCAAUAUUAUUGUGUAUCUCGGCAUACUUGGAUUGCAAGUCUCACACUCUCAGCCAUCUGUGCCAGCACUUUACAUAUUUGGUGACUCCACAGCUGAUGUUGGAACCAACAAUUAUUUGCCCGGUUCUAGGGCGAGGGCUGAUUUCCCUUAUAACGGGAUUGAUUUUCCUCAAUCUAAACCAACUGGGAGAUUUAGCAACGGUUUCAACACUAUUGAUUAUCUAGCCCAGUUUCUGAAAUUCUAUGAAAGCCCGCCGCCUUUUCUCUCUUUUUCGGACGGCAAUAUUUCGCAAUUUCUCAUCAAGACUGUUCCAACGAAGGGAAUCAAUUUUGCUUCAGGAGGGUCAGGACUUCUGAAUUCUACAGGACAACAUCAGUAUGGAAUGGUGAUUUCUUUUGGAGAACAAAUCCAACAAUUUGGAAGUGUUCGCAGCCAUAUUUCAGAAUUAUUGGGUGCGAGUGCAGUCGCUAAUAUCUCCAAGUCUCUCUUCAUCAUCAGCGUCGGAAGCAAUGACAUAUUCGAACAUUUUGAUUAUAACUACACUAGUAACCCUAUUGUUACUGGGCAAAACUACAUCGCCCCUCUCAUCUCCACCUACGAAACUCAUCUAAGGAAUUUAUAUGGGCUAGGAGCCAGAAGAUUUGGGAUUAUUAGUGUUGGGGCAAUUGGGUGCUGUCCGUGUCAACGUAAUUCGAGUAGAUCUGGUGACUGUUUCGAGGCCAUGAAUGUGGAUGCUCAGUUGUUCUACACUGCACUCCGACGUCUCUUGCAAAAGUUGAGUUCAGAGUGUGAGGGGUUGAUGUAUGCACUUGGAGAUUCAUAUAAAAUGACAAGAUCUAUUAUCGACGACCCCGAUCAGUCUGUUUUUCCCGAGAUAAAAAAAGCUUGCUGUGGAAAAGGAAAGUUGAAAGCAGAGGAUGCAUGUAAACGGGAUUCGGAUCUGUGUGGAGAUCGCACAACCCACUUGUUUUGGGACCGGUACCAUCCAACACAGACCGCUUCUAAUCUCGCAGCCUCCGGUCUUUAUUUUGGUAACAAAUCAUACGUGGUGCCCAUGAAUUUUGCUGAAUUGGCCCUUCAGCCAUAAUAAAUAUCUGUACGUGUGUAUACUAAUAAUAAUGAUAAUAUUAUAAACCAUGCAACAAGGAGUUCUCUUCAUUUUGUUCGGAAAGUUUUAUAUCAUAUAGGUUGUGGAUAGUGUAAGACAUUAAGAAGAUAAAGAGUCUACUGAUGAGACUAAGAUUUGUACUUGCUUAAUUAAAUUUUCAGGCUUUUAGCCCUCCGUGUAACCGAAAAAUAAAAAAAGUUUCAUACCAUGUAGGCGUAAGACCUACAAUAUAUAUAGAAUUUACAAAAUACAAUUAUUGGCA